UCCACGCUGGAGAAAAAUGCGUGUACACUUGCAUCAUGAAUUGAUUUCGGUUAAAACUAAAAUCGUUAUUAUAAAUAAUUUGUUUUCGACUUGAUUCACCAGAAAUAAACAUGAAAACUUUCGUUGCGGUUUUGUUAGGAAUAAUUCUAAAUGAAGUAUUAUCUAAACCUACUGAGAAAGGACCACAUAUGGAGCCAUGCGCUGAUCCAUUGGACUGUCUCCAUGGCGUCCUUAUGCAUGGCGACAACGAAGUUGGUGAUUCUCAUAAAACAGAAGACAAUUAUCUUAAAUUUAAGCCAGUUUUAGAAACAGGUCCAAAAGAACAGUCAGGACCACAAGAUGCUGAAGAAACAUUUCAUGGUGCUUUAAUGCAUGAUGACAAGGAUCAUCCUAAUAAACAUAACGAGGAUAAAACGAAGCAGCCAGAGAAACCACCGGAAUCGUUUGGACCAAAAGAAACUAAUAAACUUAUGCAUGAUGUAAUGCAUGGCGACACAGAAAAGUCGCAUGAAUAUGUACACAAAAAGAUACCAGUUGAAAUCAAUAACAAAGACCCCACUGGUCCACCAGAUGCCGAACAAAUAAUGCAUGGAGUUUUAAUGCACGGAGGAGAAAAUGUUGAAAAUCAUCAUGUGCACUCACGACCAGAGGACACAACACAAAAAUCUAAAGGUCCCAUGGACCAAAACACACUAAUGCACAAUCUCAUGCAUGAUGGGAACCAUGUCGAUCAUUUAGAAGAAAAAGUGAAUGUCCCAGCUUCUCCAUCCGGGCCUAACUCUGAAAAACUGCAUGGUAUACUGAUGCAUGGCGACUCUGAAAUUGGACAUGAACAUGGCCAUGAUCACAAGGAGUCAAAUAAUGUGCCUUUUAAAUUUAAUCUUGAUGAAAUAAAGAAGCUUGGAAUUGAUCCUGAAAUUCUAAAAACAGUGUUAUCAGAAGACCAAGAGGAUUACAGCAAAUGGCAAACACAAAAGUUAUCAGGUACAGAUGAAGAUUAUUACAAAGGAACGUAUGUGUCUAUUUCAGAUUCAAGCAUCGCAGACAUUGAACUUAUGAAACAAAGGUAUAUAAAACAAGAAUUGGGUUCUGAAGAACAAAAAGAAUUCGAUGCUUAUGUUAAUGCCAAAGACAGUGACUUAAAUUCCGAUGAGAUGGCAUCAAAUUUAAACUUAGACUCAAUGGAUCAUGAUACUAGUGACAUGCACCAUGAUUUAGAACUGAUUGGAAGUACUCAACCUAUCAAUGAAAUACACAUCUCUCACAGAGAACACAAACACAGACGAUAAUAUUGUUUAGUAAAUUAUUCAUACUUAAAGACAACGUUCAAACUAUGUUUUUUUUAAGUGUCGAGUAUUUGUGUCAUUUUAUAGUACAAGUCUGCGAUGAUUGCGUGCAUUGCGUUUAUAUACAGUAUACGUAUAUCUUCAGAAAAUUAAAAAAAUGUUUCGAAACUUUAGAAACAGGAAAAAACCGAGGCGCUCCUCAAGUCUCUUUGACAUAAUGUUUCCGUCGGUUGUCAGUUUUGAUUUAAUUAUGUUUUUUUUAAAACUAUUCAACUCUUCUUUGCUAAAAUUGCUGUAGAUUGAUAAUAUUUAAGUUAAUUGAACUAAGCGUUUUAAAAUAAACAACAAGGCGCAGUAUAAGACUAUUAAGACAACAGCAAAGAGACAAACUUAAUAGCUAUCCUAUCGCCUGGAAAUGACGAUGCUAUGCAAGCCAGAUUUUUUUUUAUUUCGUAAGAUUUUUGCAAUGAUACUGGUAAAAUAUACAUACGAAUAAGAUGAAAUCAUAUCGUGCAGAAAGACGAAUAUUUCGGCGCAACAAACAGCCUUUGUCCGUGACGAUAUUUUUUUCAAUUGAAUGUAAAAUUCAAGUCAAUGGUUUAAAGCUGUUAUGGUAAAUAUAUAGGUUAUUUCAAAUUAUUAACCAGAAUGAUAAAUGUAAUUAAUACUUUUACGAUUUUUUAAAAUAUAUUUAACGUGGAAAUUCUGACUCCUCCAAAAAAUUGCUCAUGGGAAAACGGGCGGGUUAUUCUUUAAUACAUAGGAUAAACAUUCAAAGACAUCAAACGAUUUUAUGAUAUUUUUGACUGUUUCUAUUUCGGGUUUCAUAACGUUAUUAUUCCAUGAUUUUGUAAGAAUGAUUUUAAAAAUGGUUUGUCUUCUUUUAAAAGUUUUAUUGACACUUCUUUAAAUUCAUAUUAAAACUGCAGUGUAAACAAAGAUAAGUGACAACAAAACUAUUUGUCAUUGAAAAAGGAAACACAGCUAAAAGAUCGAUAUUUUUGUCAAAGUUUCUAUUUGAAGUCUCAUAUGGCGACAAAUGUUUGGUCCGAUUGGAUCAUUAAUCUCAAGUUAGCUAUCUACUUUAUCUUGUUAAUGAGAUUUUUAAAAAUUUUGCAUCUAAAUUAAAGGCCUAUAUUUUUAAUGCGGUUAGGAUCAUCAGUAAUGUUUUUUUUUAACGGCGAACAAAAGUGUAGCAUCAAGCAAACUUACAGUAGUGAUUUUGGCUGUACAUGAUUUUUCAGAAUCAUUGUAUCAAUAAACAUGCUAAAUAGAUUAUUGCGAGUAACAUAGGGUUUGUUGUUUAAUAGCUGUUGGUGUCAUCAACAAUAACUCUUAAUCUAUUGCUCAUGAAAUGUGGGAAUCCAACGAUAAGUCGUAUGCGGUGAAAGAAUACGGUAUUUUGUUUACCGUUACGGUACCAGCUAUGCAAAAACAAUUUUGAUAUUUUAAUCAUUGAUUUACUUCUAUUUUUGAACAUAUGAAUGUUAAAUGUCGUACAUAUAUGCCUCUUUUGUUUGUAUCUGAAUCACGGAAUUUCUAAAGGUUUCUCAGUAAAACUAAUACUUAAAAGUUAUUAUUACCUUAUUUCAUAACCGUGACAAGUAGUUGAUAGCCUAUAAAAAAAAACGUAAAUGAACGGGUUAAUUAAACCGUUUUGUUAUGCAUGUCUGGCACGUAAACACAAACACUGGCGAUUUUCGAAACUAACCCUUGGUGCAUGUACUAUUACAAUUGUUUGAAUAGAUUUCCAAGAAACAAAAGAUCUCUGAAUAAUGUCCAUCUUAAUUGCUGUAGUAUAGGGAUUGUCUUUGCUCGCGAGAAUUAUAGAUGAAAAUUAAUAACUUGUUGAUAAGUAAUGUAAAAUGUUGAUGCAGAAAUUAUUUUUUCAUAAAAACUAAUAAUCAUUUUUCUUUUUGAGGAAUUGAUUAGUUUUGCUAACUGACCGUAUAGCGUCUUAUUUUUUGAAAAUUUUUAUUGUCAUUUCAACGUAUUCUACAGUACCAGAAGUUCCUCACUAAGAGAGGUGUACAGCCUCUGUGAUAGUUCUAGAAAUGGACUUUUAAUAUCACUGGUUGCAUCUUUUUUUAAAUAGUGCAUAUACCAAACCCUGAAGCUUUUGUUGAAAGUCAAUAACAAUUCUAUGUAAAUUUGAUAUGAAUUUACCCGCAAUAUCAUUGUGUUUUAAGAUAAAUAUUAUGAGAGAGAGAUAAAAUGUUGUCCAAUGACAUUUGUAAUAGAUAACAAGAAUAUUAGAUAUAAAGGAAGGCUACUUGGAAAUAAAUAUUAUUAACUAGAAUUGGUUGUGAAAAAAGGAAGUGACAAUGAAGGCAUUUCUGGUGUGCCUUUUUUGUUUUAUUCAAUUAGACUAUAUACAAAUGACGCAUUUUAGAGGUGGAAUAAUAAUGUGGGAACCAACAGAAUACAAAAAUGAGGUACAACAUGUAUUUUAAUUAAUAUAAAGGGUUUCAAUAUUUAUUUGAAAGAGUGAAAUUAGUUACCUUUCCAAACUUUUUUCUCUGUGAAUAAAAAACAAAUGCUGAGGACCACUUCCGGGUGCGAGAUUUUCUCGCUGUGUUGAAGACCCAUUGGUGGACUUCUGCUGUUGUGUGCUCUUUGGUCGGGUUGUUGUCUAUUUGACAUAUUCCCCAUUUCCAUUCUCAAUUUUAUUUAAACUAUUUGAGUCUAUUUUGUUUAUUUUGCCUUUAACUUUCAUUUUGACAGGAAACUACUACAUAAAAAAUCAUCAAAAAUACAAAAUACUUGUAUAUGAAUAUUUUUAAUAAGAAUCUUAAAGAAGUAUCGUUAUAUAAUCAUGUUAUUGUGAAAAUAAGUAAAAGGAAGAAAUUAAUUCAAUAAAUAAGUAAAACAUAAAUAAAAUAAAAUGCAACAAGCACUCUUGUGAGGGUUGGUAGUAUUAUGUACUGAUAUUUGGAUUUCUUGAAAAGUCUAAUACCCUUCGUAAAAUAAAACAUAAUAAGUGACAAUUGUAAAUGGUAGUUAAUAUACUUUCUAAUAUUGCCUUCAGAGGAAUGGCAAUAGUUUGAGGAGAAUAUUUCUGAAUGAAAUGUUCAAAGAAACCUUCAGUGUAGCGACGGACUACAAGUCAGUGUCUGUAACUAAAUCCCUUUUUUGUUCAUUUUUUUU